GAUAUGUUAAUUAGUCAUACUAUAUACAAUUAUUAUCACGCACAUGAGAAUUAUCGGUGGGGAGCUGGCCAUUUCCAGAUCUUCAUUUAUGCCUUUUUUGGUUUAUAAGUAUGUUUCCAAUAUCCAUAAUCGUAUUCAAAAUCUUGAGCGAUGAACACUCAAGACGAAGUAGGUGGCAACGCCGAUUCAAUGGUGGCAGGUCAGGCACAGAUAUUGCGCUACAUAUAUGGUGCUCUCGAUGGUAUGGCUAUAAGAUGUUGUGUUCAGCUUCGUAUCCCUGACAUAAUUCACAACCAUGGCCACCCUAUCACGUUGUCUGAAAUUGCCAAUGGUAUAGCCUCUCCAUGCAUAAACCUAGAUGGGCUUCGACGACUAAUGAGGUUCUUGGUUCAUCGAAAGAUUUUCCAUGAAAUGUCCCAACCAAAUGUCGGAGAUGAAGAGGGAGAAAAUGAAACUGUUUACUCCCUGAACCAUUGUUCCAAGUGGUUGUUACGUGAUGCUGAUGUGACAUUAGCACCGAUGGUCAUGAUGCGAACAGAUCCAUCUAUGGUUUUGCCUUUGCAUGUGUUGAGUCGGUCGAUCACAGAAGGUGGCACGGCGUUUAAGAUGAUCCAUGGUGAAGAAAUGUUUGAGUUUUCGUCGAGUAACUCGGAUUUCAAUAGGGUUUUUAACGAGGGUAUGGCAUGCACUGCUAAGAUCACAAUAAAUGCGAUCUUGGCCAGUUACAAAAAUGGAUUUCUUGGGACGAAAGGAAGCGUUGUAGAUGUUGGCGGUGGAACUGGGGUGGCGAUAUCUGAGAUUGUGAAGGCAUAUCCACAUCUGAAAGGGAUCAACUUUGAUUUGCCGCAUGUUAUUUCGAUGGCACCAAGAUAUGAUGGAGUUACACAUAUUGGUGGGGACAUGUUUGAGGCCAUUCCUCCUGCAGAAACGAUCUUCAUGAAGUGGAUUUUGCAUGAUUGGAGCGAUGAUGAUUGUAUUAAAAUCCUUAAGAAUUGUCGGAAAGCGAUACCCAAAGAAUCUGGAAAAAUGGUUAUCGCGGAGAUUGUUAAUCAUGCUACAGGAGAUGAUGUUUUUGUUGAUACACACCUAACAUAUGAUUUAGUGAUGUUUUCACAUUUUUCUGGUGGAAGAGAACGGAAUGAAAGCGAAUGGAAGAGAAUACUCAAUGAAGGAGGGUUUCAUCGUUACAAUAUUAUCAAGAUUCCGACCCUUCAAUCGAUCAUCGAGGCUUUCCCAGAAUGAAUUUGUAAAAAAGCAUUAGGUUUGGUGAUUCUUUUGAUGUGAAUCAUACCGAUUGAAAGAACUGAGAUUUGAAGAAUUAUACUAUAUCAUGAGUUUCGCGUACAAUAAUGGAAUAAAAUUAUGAGAAAGAAUUAGAACCUUAAAAAUUCAUGAGUUUGAUGUUCAACAAUGGAAUAAAGUUAUGAG